AUGCUCACACAUCAAACUUCUCUCUUCCGAAGUGUUGUCAGAAGAAGCUUUUGUUCGUCAUCAUCACUGCUGUUAUUAACAAGGAGAAAUUUUACCACAACAAUAAUUUUAAAUAAUAAUCAGGAAAAAACAAGAGUUAGACCGUUGACAGAGAAGGACAAACUUAAACAGAGACAAAUUAAUUUCGAGAAGAGGCUGAAGGAAUUGGAUGACUCUGCUAUCGAUCUAGGUAAUAAUGAAACUUUGAAUCAACCACCAAAAAGUUUUGAACAGAGAUUGAAGGAAUUAGAAAGAAAUGCAACUACAACAAAAUCCAAAGUUCCGAAAUGGCUUAAAGAACAUCAUACAAGACAUCCAACACCAUAUUCGAUAUAUGUGAAACAGUGUUGGAAAAAUGCAAUUGAACAUUAUGAAAACAACAAGGAACAUUUUGAUAAUUUAUUUCCAAAUUUCGAGAAACGAAAGAAUUUGAUGAUUUCAAAAAUAUUAGCACUUCAGUGGAAAACAUUGAAAGAAGAGGAUAAAAAAAUAUAUUACGAUACUCAUGAGGAGAUUAAAAAAGCAAAUCCUUUACCAAUCGUGGAUGAUAAACCAGAGUGGAAGAAAAUUAAAAGACCAAGAACAGCUUUCCUACAUUUCAAGAUGGAUAUUUUCCAGAGUGUGAAAUCUCAAUUUGCAAGCUACAACAUCCAACAAUUGAAUUUUAUUAUUUCUGAAAUGUAUAAAAAAUUACCAGAGGAUAAGUUGGAAUAUUACAGAGGACUUUGCUCUAAAGAAAGAAGCCAGUAUUAUAAACUAAAAGAAGAAACGAUAAAUAAGCAUAAGAAGCCAACAGAGGAAAUCAAACAGGAGGAUUAUGAAAAUGAGGAAGAGGAUGAUGAAUACGAAAGUGAUGAAUUUUAUUAA